AGCAACAUUAUUUUAAAAAAUGCUGAAUUUUAAUGGAAGUUUAAAUAUAGGAUGGUGAUUAUGUUAUUUUCUGCUCAGUGAACAGCAAUGGCAGGCACCAUUGCUUUGCCGCUUCAAGAAUUCAUUGCCUCACUGGACAAUGCCAGCUUGCCAAAAAUUUUGCAAGUUUGUUCUGGAGUUUAUUUUCAAGGUUCGAUAUAUGAAAUUUCUGGAAGUGAAGUGUGUUUUUCGACUGGGGAUCUCGUAAAGGUCAUUGGCAUUGAACUGCAGUCUGUUUCCUGUGAAGACGUCAUUAAAAAUGAAACGUUUGAGUUGCCGAUCACUCACACAGGACUCUUCAAAGUGGUCCCCGAGCAGAUGCCAUACUCUUCUGUUGAGGAGAUGUUAAGCCUGAGGCCCGUCUGCCUCGAUGACUCCCUUCCUUUUACCUUCACCAGCCAUACCAAGAUGACCUUCGGCAGUCUCACGUUGGGGGCAGGCAAAGCCCUGACUGUGCUCUCCAUCCAGAGGCAUGAGGGCAAAGAGGAUAUGGUGCGUUGCCAUGUAAGAGGGGAAACGGAGGCCUCGGCCGAAGUCUGCAUUCCUCUGUCGUCUCGAGGGGAGUUUUACGAAUGCGAGAGUGAGGAAUGCUACACUCUUAAGGAGAUCAUGUCUUCACCUUGCCUUCGCAUUCGAAGGUUUCGCUUUGUUAAGACCACCAAGUGUGAGCGAAUCCUUGUCUUCAGUCCAAUCUACCAGGUCCAGGCCAUCAUGAACUUGAGAAAGAACGUGUUGAGGUUUCCGUCCAGCCUAGAGGUGGAUGUUGUUGAUGUCACUGAUGUGUGUAAAGACGUAAACUUCGUGACCCCUCUAAGCCUGACAGAGGUCCUGUCGCAGCCGGACAAUUCAUUCCCUGUAGUGGCAGAGAUAUUGGAAGAGCCUCAGAGCCGCUCUUUCUUUAAGUGUGCCUGGCUACCAGGGCUUGUCAAGAGCACCAACUUGGUCUUGCACAAGAAAGGAACUACACCUAUGGUCCUGAUGUCCAGCUUGAAGGGCCGGAAGAAUCAGCAGUACUUCCUUGUUUCCCAGCAGUAUGGUGGAAAGUUUCGAAGGCGUCCAAGAGAGUUCAACUCAGUUUACGAGCUGUAUGUUGCUUCAACCCAGACACAGGGACUCACGGUGAGCGUGACAAGGAACUGUGAAGAAGUGGAGGAGGAGGGUAUGCCAGACCUCAGCAUUGGGGAGAAGCUUAAGAUUGUGAGCUGCACUAGAAUGGAGUUACCUGGUGAAAACAUCAAAGGGCAGAGGCAGUCUGUGGAGGCUCUUUUGUGUCAUCGUCUCCAAGAGCCAGAAGAUGAGGAUGAGGAUGAGGAGGAAGAGAAUACACAAAAGGAUAAACAGGAGGAGGAAAAAGAGGAGGUCUUACUGCCUCUUUACAUGCAGGGUCACUUUGUAGAGAUUCUCAGCGAAAACAAAAAGUAUAAACUCAGUGAUUUGGGAAAGGAGUUCAGUUUGCCACUGGACGUCAAAGUGGUGAGUCGAGACACUGAACUAGAGACGGAUCCACUAUUCGGAUCUUCUUGUCUAAGAAUCGAGGGGGCAAUGUUGGAGCCCAGUAUCCAGGCAAGCUUUCAAGAUCGACCGGACCACUGUUUCCACAUCCUGCCCCAGUGGCUUUCUAUGUCUGUCUCUUUCACACAGGAGCCCCUACCAUGGGCUCAGGACAAUUGCCCAAAGUGUUUCAUAGAAAAGGUUAGUGAGGUGACAGACACAUUCUUUUAUGAUUUUCGCAAAAAGGAUAACUCGGACGAGGCUCCUCCCCCUCGACCACCAAAACGAGAUCUGUCAUCGUCAAACUUGGUCAAAAAAACAGCUAAAUCUACCAAAAAAUCUGCAAAUCCAAAGAAAAAGAAGGAUAAAACCAUCCCAACAGAGAAGUUGAACGAUUUAACACUGAAUCAAAAGAAAAGGCCUCCAGCUCCCCCUCCUCCAGAGGUCCUAAACGAUGACCUCCCUCCUCCUGUUGUACCAAGAAAGUGCUCAACUGCAGAUAAAACAAGCAAGGCCCUUCCAAACACUUAUGUAAAGAUACAUCAAACCAUAGUAAAGGAGCACCUUGAUGACGCGCCUGCAGACGUGGAAAGUGACCAUGACUACGAAACUUUGGAUGAGACUUUAGUAACUAUGGUUAAAACUGCACAAGAAAGUGUGAUGUUCUAUUAACAGGAAAAGCCAUUUUGUAACUUUAAUGUGAGUUUAAUCUAACAAUAUUAUCUUGAAUGUGGGCACGGAGUGCUGAAAUCAGAAGAAGCUAAAUUAGAACCGUAGAGUCUAGUUUAGAAGAAACAAACUGUCUAUAAAUAUUUACAUUGUGCUCAAACUCCUCAGGCUUUAGUAAAACAUUAGCACAGAAAAAAAAUGUACUGUUACUAUGGUGACUAGUAUUGUUAGAAAGUACUUGUACUUCAAUUAUUUGUCUGUCGAGGUUGUCAAUGCUACUUCCUCAAUUUCCUCUGUGCUCCAUCAUUGAAAAGCUUUUUUAUUUUUCACGGCAGAUGUUUUUAUUUAAAAAAAGCACAGAAAGCGCCGGCGGAUGGAUUCGAGUUGCCAAGUCUUUUUUUUUUUAAGUGCGACUUUAGCUUAGCUGCUACACCAAUAAUGCAAACUAGCAAUACCACUGACAGCUGAACUCAAAAACACUGAAUAUCUCUUCAUCAUUUGCACCUGUUGCCUGAUAAAGGGGUGGGGGAUACCAGGCAGCAAACAAAUGCGGUGAAAGCAGGAAGAGAAUAGGGUGACUGAAAGGAUCUGAUAGAGUUCAAAAGGGCUAAACUGCAUCUAUAUAUGUUCAUUAAUGUCCAGCUGGCACCAAAGCUGAUUAAUUCAUAAAGGAGCAAAUACUGGCACAUGUGCAUUGGUAUCUUUCAUAGUUUUUUAAUAUAAUGUGUCACAUUAUAACCUCUAAACACAAGUACAUUGUAGGCUUUAUGUGGCCAACACAAAAGACAGCUUCAUCUUAAAGCUGGAAAAUUAAACAGUUAUUUGUAAAAAAGAAUUGAAAGGGUGUAGUAUGCAUCUGUAUUUACGCCUUGCAUUAAUAUCUUAAAACAUAGAGGCUGGUUCCAGGUGUGGACAAGCAGUCUGUGGGGCGCAGUGUAAUUGCCAGGGGUGUGUUGGAAAUUAAUUGAAUAGAUUUUCCAUUUUGAAAGUGUUCUCAACAAAUUGAACGAUAAAAUAAACAGUUAAACCUAAAAUAAUUACAAUUAGGGUAUAUAGGUGGUUGCUUUGUGAUUUAAAGGAGAUUGUGGUUUAUUUUGAUGUUUUUGUUUAAUGAACUGUCAUUGGCUUUUCCUUUGUUUAACUGUUAAAAUGGUUAACAGGUGGAGGGGGUGUGGAUACCUUAUAAACCAAAGUGGUUUAGGGACCACUGCCUUAAAAAAAUCCUAAUUUCUUUGCAGUUACAGCUGCAGGAGUAUGUCUAACAGCUUAUCAGGGACAUGUCUAUUAUUCUCUGAAGACUGCUUUCAGGUCUUUUGUAAACUAUUAUUAUUUAUGCAAAACGUGAGCAUUUGUUUUUAAUUUCAGUUCGAGAUAAAAUAUGUUCUGACCUACAUAGGACUUUUAAUAGGCUUUAAUUUGUGGGUCCUUAUCCUGCUAGGGGUUGAACCGACAUCAAAACCUCAGGGGUUUUGCAGCUAGCGUUUUUAUAACUGCUUGGUUUGUAAGCAGAGUUACAGAAUUCAUAGAGUAUGUAUAAUUUAAAUUACAUUUCAUGGCACCUGUUUUCUUUUCAUGCUUCCUGCACGUUUUGGGUUUAGCUCAAAGGUUGGAGCGGGAGGCAUGUGUUCUGAAGAGGGCUUCAAGAAUGUGGGUCAAAACCCACUGUAUGCCACUCCGGUACUCUUAACAAGAUCCUUAGUACAGUGUGGAAGACCUUUUUGAUUUUUUUUUUAUAUAUACCAGAAGCUUGAAUAUUCUGUAUUUUGAAUACUUAGGAAAUUUGUAGUUAAACCACAUCCUGCAAAGAUAAACUCUCCAGGGUAGAGUCUAAUGGAACAGACAACCUUUAAACCACAAGUCUUUGUAGUUGAAGAGCUGCUUGAAGACGUCUGUGUGAAAAAUUAAUAGUAGGGGGUAGGUGAUGAUGAAAUGGACUGAGCCAAAGAGAGGUUCGAGACGCCAAAUUUAGGUAUCAAGUAUCCCCUAGCUAAAUUCGGGUGGACCAAUUUUAAAACCUUGACCUUAAAAAAGGAUGCUUAUCGACAUGUUUUCACAUGAUAAAAAAAAAAAAAAGAUAAAUACAGUCACUCUUCACUUCUAAAGGGUACCUCAGCUUUUUAAUACUUGGAAUACUUUUUUUUCCUUUUCUUUACAAGUCAGUCUGCUGUGAAGCAGGCUUGUAUUAGUAGCCAGGUUACUACAAUCAAACCUAAAAAUAUUAUCCUUUGAGGAUGUUGAAUUAACUAUAUGGUGUAUAUAUUGCAAAGGCUGUUUUUCGUAGUUUACAGUUUCUAUAUUGUGCAAUACUAGGGAGUUACCUAGUGUAUAUAUGUUUAGGGUCAUAGCAACUGCACAAUGAUAUAAAGAAAAUAUGACUUCUUUUAAAAGACGCGCUACUGUCACUUGGUUUGGGGAAGGAUUGCAUUUCCCUAAAAAGGCGUCUAUUUUGACUUGGCUACAGUGGCUAGGCAAACUAAACAAAGUCAGAGGAGAAACUAAACCUAUUUAAACUUGCCCUCCAACCACAUUGAUCUAUGAAUACAUGUUUUUUUUUUUUGACUAAAUAUAUUCAAACUAUAUGGUAUAAUUUCAUCAAGUGCUACAAAGCCCAUUUAUGCUUCAUCAAAACCCUUUGUGCAUGUUUGCGUCCUGCGAAACAUGCAAUCCUGAGAUUCAAAUUAAUGCUUGUGGUUAAGGCUAAAGUAAUAAAAUAUGCAUGAAACGUAUCAUAAAAUGUUAUAAAUUUGCACAAAUGUCAUGAAACCAAGCUGAACCUUUCAUGCAAUAAAAUGGUACAAAGUACAAUGAUAUUUGUCGUGUC